AUGAGAGAUGGGUCGGACUGUCCGUCAGGUUGGCUCGAUGAAAUUAGUAUGUAUACAAAAUGCGGUCUUUCAUUUUUUCCCGCAACAAAACUAAAGAAAUCUUGUUGCUGGUUGCAAAAUCAUCUUCUAGCGCUGCUAAGAAGUUGUUUCAAAUUUAAAGUCUUUAAAGCUUCAAGUGAUGGUUUCACUAGCUAUAAUUAUGAUGAUGGUUUCAUCUGCAUCUGCUGUAAUGCUUUCACAGCGCCAUUUUCAAAAUUUUAUUUUUACAGGAACUUAGUUUCAUUUUUAAAAUUUUCUUUUCACAGGAAUUUAGUAUCAUCUCAGUUUUCAGUUAAAGAGAGAAUUUGGAAUUUAAGUGUGUUCAUAGGUAGCAUUCCUGAUGAUUUGAUCCUAAAACUGCCUCAUAAAUUGAAGAAUAUUAAUUUUCGCAAAGAAGUGCAUGAAAAGUAA